CAGAAAUAAUUUGAUCUAUUAAUGAAACUUCAAUAAACAGCUAUGAGGUUCAAACUUCGACAAAAUUGAAAAAGUACUUGAUCAUGUAUGUAAAAUAACAUGGUUUGGUACUAGAUCUUGUAUGCGAAAUUUCAAGUUUGAGUACUUGAUCUUGUAUGUCAAAGUUUGAACCUUAUCUCCCAAAUUCUCACUCUACAGUCUGCACCAUCGCCCUUCAAGUACUGAAGUGCAGACUUCCUAGCCCAUGGAGUCACAUCAGCACGACGGCCUAGCAACAGCCGAAGCUUCACCGAAAGCAGCGUAUCCGUCCAACCUCGCCGUUCCGAAUCUCCGAUUUCCAUGUCGUCAGCUCCGAAGCAAGACUCCGUCCAGCCACUCGCCGCGUCUGUCAUGCCGUCGCCGGGCACUGGCGCGGCCGUCCCCCGCACAGACUCGACGCCACACUUCGUGCUGGUGCCGAUGAUGGCCGCGGGUCACGCCGGCCCGAUGCUCGACAUGGCGCGGGCUCUGGCACGCCGAGGCGCGCUCGUCACGUUCGUCACCACGCCGCUCAACCUGUCCCGCCUCGGCAGCGCCCCCGGCGACGACGCGCUCCCCAUCCGAUUCGUCCCUCUCCGCUUCCCCUGCGCCGAGGCCGGCCUCCCCGAGGGCUGCGAGAGCGCCGACGCGCUCCCGGGCCUCGCCUACCUCAAGAACUUCCACGACGCCUGCGCCAUGCUCGGCGCGCCGCUCGUCGCGCACCUCCGGGACGCGGCAGACGCCCCCGCGGCGAGCUGCGUCGUCUCCGACACCUGCCACCCGUGGACCGGCGCCGUGGCGCGGGAGCUCGGCGUGCCGCGGCUCGCUCUGGAGACCUCCUGCGCCUUCUCCUCGUUCUGCAUGCGCCUGAUGAGCACCCACGGGAUCUUCGAGGGGGUCGACGACGACGAGCUGCCCGUGCGUGUGCCUGGCUUCCCCAUCGACAUGGAGAUGUCGAGGGCGCGGUCACCGGGGAACUUCUCCGGAUUCGGCAAGGUGUUCGCCGACGAGGUCAUGGCAGAAAACGCGAGAGCCGACGGCUUGUUGGUGAAUAGCUUCGCGGAGCUCGAGCCCCUCUUCGUUGAUGCCUAUGAGGCGGCCCUCGGCAAGAAGAUAUGGACCGUCGGGCCGCUCUUCCUGCACACCAUGCCGUUGACGGCGGCCAUCGACGACGACGUCGACGCCAUUCGGUGCGCGAGCUGGCUCGAGUCCAAGAAGCCCCGGUCCGUGGUGUUCGUGAGCUUCGGCAGCCUGGCGCGCUCGCCCCUGCCGCAGCUCGCCGAGAUCGCGCACGGGCUGGAUGCGAGCGACCGGCCGUUCAUCUGGGCGGUCAAGCCCAGCAACCUCGCCGACUUCGAGCGGUGGCUCUCUGACGACGGCUUCGAGUCCCGCGUCGCGGAGAGGGGGCUCGUGGUCACGGGCUGGGCGCCGCAGAGGGCGAUCCUGUCGCACCCGGCGACGGGCGCCUUCGUGACGCACUGUGGGUGGAACUCCGUGCUGGAGUGCGUCGCAGCGGGGCUGCCGAUGGCGACGUGGCCGCACUUCGCGGAGCAGUUCAUGAACGAGAAGCUCGUCGUCGACGUGCUGCGGGUCGGGGUGCCCGUCGGCGUCAAGGGCGCGGCGCAGUGGGGCGUGGAGGCGGAGGCCGUGGUGGCGACGCGGGACGACGUGGCGAGGGCGGUGGCGGCGGUGUUGGACGGCGGGGAGGAGGGAUCCGCGCGGCGGGCGAGGGCCGCGGACCUCGGCAGGAAGGCUCGGGAGGCCGUGGCGCGUGGCGGUUCGUCGGACCGGAACGUGGCGCGCCUCGUGCAGCACGUACUCGAGCAGAGGAAGUCCGCGGCGUGAGGAAAGACAAGGCGGCGAUCGAACGAAGUCUCAGUCAAAGAUCGUGAGAUGCUAACACAAUAGAAAACACUCCCUUUUCUUUUCCGAUCACAUGCUUGGAUUUGAAUGGAUUUUCUGUGUCAUCUGCUCAGAGGAUGCACAUAAGCAACAUGGACUGUGAAGAUGAGGCAGAUUAGACUUGGCUAGUGACCAAUCCUUUGUUGUUGACAUAACCCUUAAGUUCCUAUAACAACAUGGUUCAACUUCAACUAUUGAUUAGUGCUGCUGUAUGUAAUCCUCUGAGAUGAGAUGGGCCAAAAUAUCUUG